ACAGGCGGGAGGAAGAGGAGCAGCCGGGCUAAACGCUUUCUAAAUGUGCUUUAAACGGCUAAAAUAGCCUUUGUCUCGCAGACAUUUACUUUUCCACCUCUGUUGUGGCUGCCGAGAUUCGACGAAGAGUUGUCUCCGCUGGUUUAUUUCGCAGAGGAGCAUAAAGUAGCCGGCGGACAAAGAUGAGCCUGGUCCUUUCUCAACAACAGGCGGAGGGACUCCCAGCCGUGGCCCAAACUGCAACGGAGAGUGACUCGGACAGCGGCAUGGGCUCUCCAGCAGAGGAGAUGGUCACGGAGACAGCGAACAAUAAAGAAGAGCUUCCAGAUUCUGAUGACGAUGAAGACAUCACAGUUCACAGAAAGCCACAUCGUAAUGCCAUCAGAGACAGUGACAGCGAGGAAGAGGAGGCAGCUGGGGACAACAGUGUUCACAUGGCUGAAGCACUGGUCCUAUCUGCUUCCAGCGGAGAGGAGAUGGAGACAGCAGAGGAGAAGGGUGGGAGGAAAGAGAGAGGGGCGCAGAAGAGUAAGAGAAUAAGCCGAGCACCCAUUGACAGCGAAGGCAGUGAGCCCGAGCAAGAGAAAUGUGGAGAAAUAGAGGAGAAAGUGAGGAAGGAGACACAAUUGACAAAGGAACGGAAGAAAAGGGAGAAGAGUCAGAGGCAUCAAGAGAAAAAGGAGAAGCGUAGCAAAGCAGUGGAAAAACUGAAGAAGAAAGAGAGGUUCUCUGAAAUGAAUGAGAACACACCUGUCCCUCCGGCUCUGAACGACAGUGGAUGUCUGCUGGGUGACACAGAGCUGUUUGACACUGGUCUGGACGAUGAGCAAGAGGAGGAAGAAGAGUCUCUGGAGGCCAUCCGAGCUGCUGUCAAGCAAAAAAUGAAAAAAAACAAGAAUCCUCUCCUGGAUGAGGAAGAGGAUGAAGAUGAAGAGGCACCAGAGAAACCCCAGCGUGCGGAGAGGAAAGCUGCACGUGCCAGCAAAGAGGCAAUGAAGCAGCUCCACAGCGAGUCUCAGAGGCUGGUCAGAGAGUCUACGCUUGGACUGCCUUACCACAUCCCUGAGCCGAAGACCAUCGACCAGUUCUUUAAGAAGAGGGCCAGGCCGGCGGGUCCUGCCAUGGCACUGCUGAAAUCUACAAAGUAUUCAGCCGUGAUGUUGGAAACACCGUCGGCUCCUCCUCCACCUCCCCCCAACCCAGCCAGUGAUCCCCUGCAGCCAUCCACAGAGCAGGACUCUUCACCCUCUCUAGAUCUGUCCUCUACUCAGAUCCAGCCUAUACCUCACCCUGCCGCCACCUCGUCCCCGCAACAGGAGAGCCUCAACCAGGACAGAGAAGCAACCGCAAGCCUAGAUCCUGACCAGGAAUCCGUGCCGAUGCUUUACCUCUCCGAGAGUCUGCAGGAGUCGGUCACAAAUGACGAAGUAGUUAGACCUUCUUCUGACUCCGGAGAAGAAACCUCUCUUGCACCCUUAGAACAAGGCCAGACUGCAGUAAUGUCUGACUGUGACGCCCUGCAAAAAGAGCCCUUACCUGGUGCUUUGGUGGAGCCUUCAGCCACUCAGUGUGGGAGCGCCGAUCCAGCUGCUGCAGUGCCUUCAACAGAGCAACCCACCAAACCUAAGAAGGACAAAUUGGCCAUACUGAAGAAGCUUGGACUGGACCCCCCACCUGUUGCCAAAUUGUGUCCAGACGAGGGAGCCUUUGUUCAGCUCGAGCCUCCACAGCUCAACCCUGGUGUGGAGGCAUUGAAGGAGCGCUACCUUCGUCACGUCCAUGCGCCCACACGUCCUCAGGGAGAGCGCACGAUGCAGCUCAGCAUCAUCCGCAAAGACAGCACCCCGUCUGGUCAGGAAGAGUUGCACACUGAGUCAGUCGCUGUCACUGUUAAAGAGGGAGCAGAGGAGCCCGCAGCGACCAAACCAGGAGAGAAGCUGCGCACUCUGAAGCAGCGCCUGCAGUUCGCCAUGGCCCAGCGGAGACAGGAGGAGAGGGUACGCAAGGCCGAGCUGAUUCGCCUAGACAAUGAAGACUUUGGACAAGAGGAAGAGGAGGAGGAAGACAUGACAGACGAGUCUGAGGAAGAAGAGGGUGUAGAUGACUUACUGGGAGGUGAUGAUGGUGAGGCAGAAGAGGAGGAGGAGGAAGGCAGCGUGGCUCAGAGCAUCAGGAGCCCUUCUCCUGUAGCACAGACCGGACCCUCUUCAACUCCUGACCUAGUUAACACAGAUGGCACACUCAUGUUGUUCCCGGGAAACUCCUGCUCACGUACCGGAGAUGGUGUAAGAAGGUCUGGUCCUUCUGGACAGGACAGCAGCAAUAAGAUGGAAGAGGACGACUCUCUGUCCCUGGUGAAAGACAACAGCCACAACAGCAGCUUUGAGCUCGCAGGAUCUAUGAUAACCUCCUACCAGCCUGUCAAUCAUCAGCGCUCCACAGGAAGAAGCGCCAACGCCAACUCCAACUCCUCCAUUUUCCGCUCGCCUUCUCCCUGCCUGUUCAGGCCCAGCUUCCUCGGCUCUGCCUCCAAAAGUUCAGGAAAACUCUCCGAGCCCUCUCUCUGCCUCCCUGUUGAGGACUCCCAAGAUUUGUAUGCACCUCCAUCCCCAGGAGCAGAUUCGGUGCCCCUGGGUGGAGCAGCUUCCGGCCCUGGUCUGGGAGGAGACUCCCAAGGCCGCUUCUCCCUGGAGGAUGACACCCACUCCCAGUUGCUAGAUGCAGACGGCUUCCUGAACGUGGGGCCACGCCUUGGUGCGCCUCGCUCCCACAAAAGACAGUUGAUCCUCGACAGCCUGGAUGAGAACGCAAUGGACGCCAACAUGGGGGAGCUGCUGGGGAUGUGUUCUGGCGUUUUCGGGACAGCGGAGAGCGGCUCGAGUCGGGCCGGAGGCCUCGGAGCAACGCAGGAGGAUGAGCUGCUCGGGCUGUGCUCCGGAGCGUUUCCACCGACACAGGCCGGAGAGGAGCAGGUGGAAACAGGAAAGAGCAAGGAGACAGGACAUGAUGAAGGAUCUGAUAAUACCAUGGAUCAGCUGCUGGGACUCUGUUCAGGGAAAUUUCCAAGUCCAGGUUCUGCUCACUUGGCUUCACCCACACAAGACAGUAAAAAUAAGCCAGAGGAGGAAGAGCAGGAGGAGGAGGACUGCGAGUUCCGGCUUCUGUCAGAUGUGGAAAGUCACAGUGAACAGGAGGACAAUGAUGACGAUGAAGAUGAGGAUGGAGAGGAGGACGAGGCAAGUGGUGGUGAGGAAGAGGACAACGAUGUAGAAGAGGAGGAGAUGCAGGGUGUGUUUGCACCGCGCCGGGUUAAGAAAAAGAAGAAAAUGCGUUUGGCGGACUACCUGGACUCAGAGGCUGAGCUGUCAGGCAGUGACGUGGGCAGCGACGAUGAGGACAAUGACCGAGGCAGCGAAUACGAGGAAGAGGAGCUUCUUGAAGAGCUUCCCUCUGAUGAAGAGCUGCAGGACCAGGUCAACAAGAUCCACAUGAAACAAGUAAUGGAUGAUGACAAGCGACGUCUGAGGCUCUACCAGGAGCGGUACCUCGCCGACGGCGACCUGCACUCUGACGGGCCGGGGCGAGCUCGCCGCUUCCGUUGGAAAAAUAUUAAUGAUGGUUUUAACAAAGACGAGACAGGAGCAGAGGAAGAGGAGGAGGAAGAUGAUGACGUGGACCAGUCUGAGGUCCAAAGGAGGAAGGAGAGACUGGAGAGAGAACAGUGGCUCAGAGAGCAGUCUGAACACAACGCCAAGAAAGGGGAAGAUCUGGAUGCAGACGAUGAGAAGAUUGGAGAGGAAGACAGUCGCUUUAUGAAGGUGGCCAAGAAACUGACUGUCAAGACUCUGCAGAGGAAAGAACGUCCUGUGGCACCACAACCAGAGAAGACCUCAUCAGCUCUGAACCCCUUCCAGAGGCCCUCACAGCCCUUACAGGUGAGGAGAGGUUCAUUACUGAGUCAGCCUCAAUCCGUCCUCCAAAAGCUGGCUUCGAUCUCAGAGGGGAAUCCUCUGGCGCCCAGAAACAGCAGAGGGUUCCUGUUCCAGACUCUGUCGCCUGAGAAGGACAACUCGACCUCAGAUGCUCCCCAGAAACAGAUGAUGAAGAAGAGGGGGCCGGUGGGAACAGUGAACCCGGCAGCAAAGAGGGUCUGCAGGGAGAACAAACCUGCUGGACAGACUAAAGGCCCCCAGAGGAGCAUCUUCAACUUCCUGGACCACUGAGGUCUAAAUGCACUAACUGAACGAUAAUUCAUCAGCAGGCUGGAAGCACACUGAUAAAAGUCAGAACCGACAGUGUUUCAGGAGCCAGUAAGACUUAACGGAUGAAGCGGGUGGUGACAUGAUGGUUACGUGAUGUCCUCCCCUCUUGCCUCAUUAAUGAAACACACAUACAGAUGGUUGUAGGUGUGUUGUUUGCAUCGUCUUAAAAUGACAAACUGAAGGCAUCUUUUGUUGUCUUACUUUUCCUACACGCAUUUCCUGUCUGGUGGAUCAGCUCGUGUGUCUAAAUUUUGAAUCUGUUACGCCAUCAGAAGCGUUCUUCUGUCACAUCUUGACUUAAUUUGAGCCGAGGAGUCCAUUUAGAGAUGUUUUAUCAUGUAUAUAUGAUUGAUUUGGAUUUUAAAGGUUUGGAAAUGUUUUGUAUGAUGGUUUAAAUGUAUUUCUUUUACAUUGUAAAUAAAAG